AUGGCCUCGCUGGACCUGCCGUACCGCUGCCCCCGCUGCGGGGAGCACAAGCGCUUCCGGAGCCUGUCGUCCCUGCGCGCGCACCUGGAGUACAGCCACACGUACGAGACCCUGUACAUCCUCUCCAAGACCAACAGCAUCUGUGAGGGCGCGGCGGCGGCGGCGGCCGCGGCCUCGGGCUUCCCGCUGGCGCCCGAGCCCGCCGCCCUGCUGGCCGUGCCCGGCGCCCGGCGCGAGGUGUUCGAGAGCACGUCCUUCCAGGGCAAGGAGCAGGCGCCCGCCACGGCCCCGCUGCUGCACCACCACCUGCACCACGCGCCCCUCGCCCACUUCCCCGGCGACCUGGUGCCCGCCGGCCUGCCCUGCGAGGAGCUGGCGGAGCCCGGCCUGGUGCCCGCCGCCGCCGCCGCCCGCUACGCGCUGCGCGAGAUCGAGAUCCCGCUCGGGGAGCUGUUCGCCCGCAAGUCCGUGGCCUCCUCCGCGUGCUCCACGCCGCCGCCCGGCCCCGCCAGCCCCUGCCCCGGGCCCGCCACCGCCUCGCCCGCUUCCCCCUCGCCCGCCGACGUGGCCUACGAGGAGGGCCUGGCGCGCCUCAAGAUCCGCGCGCUGGAGAAGCUGGAGGUGGACCGGCGGCUGGAGCGGCUGAGCGAGGAGGUGGAGCAGAAGAUCGCGGGGCAGGUGGGCCGCCUGCAGGCCGAGCUGGAGCGCAAGGCCGCCGAGCUGGAGACGGCGCGGCAGGAGAGCGCGCGGCUGGGGCGCGAGAAGGAGGAGCUGGAGGAGCGCGCGUCCGAGCUGUCGCGCCAGGUGGACGUGAGCGUGGAGCUGCUGGCCUCGCUCAAGCAGGACCUGGUGCACAAGGAGCAGGAGCUGAGCCGCAAGCAGCAGGAGGUGGUGCAGAUCGACCAGUUCCUGAAGGAGACUGCGGCCCGGGAGGCCAGCGCCAAGCUGCGGCUGCAGCAGUUCAUCGAGGAGCUCCUGGAGCGGGCGGACCGCGCCGAGCGGCAGCUGCAGGUCAUCAGCAGCAGCUGCGGCAGCACCCCGAGCGCCAGCCUGGGCCGCGGAGCCGGGCCCGGGCCCCGGGGCCCUGGCAGAGUGCGAGAACACCACGUGGGGAUGGCCAUGCCUAGCACAUACGCGGUGUCCCGGCAUGGCUCCUCUCCCAGCACAGGGGCCUCCAGCCGUGUCCCAGCCGCAUCCCAGAGCUCAGGCUGCUAUGACAGUGACAGUCUGGAGAUGCCCCGGGCAGAAGAAGGGGCCCCGGAGGACAGUACCCCUGGGGGCGUGGGCACGCGGGCCCAGGCUGCCAAUGGCGGCUCGGAGCGGGCUCAGGCCCCUCGGAGCGCAGGCCUGCGGCGCCAGGCCAUCCAGAACUGGCAGCGCAGGCCCCGCCGGCACAGCACGGAGGGCGAGGAGGGUGACAUUUCGGACGUGGGCUCCCGAACCACCGAGUCAGAGGCCGAGGGCCCCGCGGACACGCCCAGAGCCGGGCCUGCCGCGGCAGGGCCAGUAAGCAGCUGCCGGCUCUCAGCCCGCUCUGAGGGAGGCAGUGGGCGGGGUCGGCGAGCAGAGCGGGGCAGCCCCUCGCGUUCCAACGAGGUCAUCAGCCCAGAGAUCCUCAAGAUGCGAGCCGCCCUGUUCUGCAUCUUCACCUACCUGGACACCCGCACGCUCCUGCACGCCGCCGAGGUCUGCCGCGACUGGCGCUUUGUGGCCCGCCACCCUGCCGUGUGGACGCGAGUGCUGCUCGAGAACGCCCGGGUCUGCUCCAAGUUCUUGGCGAUCCUGGCUCAGUGGUGCACCCAGGCCCACUCGCUGACCCUGCAGAACCUGAAGCCCCGGCAGCGGGGCAAGAAGGAGAGCAAGGAGGAGUAUGCCCGGAGCACCCGGGGCUGUCUGGAAGCAGGGCUGGAGUCCCUGCUGAAGGCGGCGGGCGGCAACCUGCUGAUCCUGCGCAUCUCCCACUGCCCCAACAUCCUCACCGACCGCUCGCUCUGGCUGGCCAGCUGCUACUGCCGCGCUCUGCAGGCCGUCACCUACAGGAGCGCCACCGAUCCUGUUGGCCACGAGGUCAUUUGGGCCCUGGGUGCUGGCUGCAGAGAGAUAGUCUCCCUCCAGGUGGCGCCGCUUCACCCCUGCCAGCAGCCCUUGCGCUUCAGUAAUCGUUGCCUGCAGAUGAUCGGUCGCUGUUGGCCCCACCUCAGGGCCCUGGGGGUUGGGGGUGCCGGCUGUGGGGUGCAGGGCCUGGCAUCACUCGCAAGAAACUGCAUGAGGCUGCAAGUCCUGGAGCUGGACCACGUGUCGGAGAUCACCCAGGAGGUGGCGGCCGAGGUCUGCCGGGAAGGCCUGAAAGGACUGGAGAUGCUGGUGCUCACGGCCACCCCCGUCACUCCCAAAGCCCUGCUGCAUUUCAACAGCAUUUGCCGGAACCUCAAGUCCAUUGUGGUCCAGAUUGGGAUCGCUGAUUAUUUCAAAGAGCCCAGCAGUCCCGAGGCCCAGAAGCUGUUUGAAGACAUGGUGACUAAACUCCAGGCCCUGCGGAGGAGGCCCGGCUUCUCUAAGAUCCUGCACAUCAAGGUGGAAGGCGGCUGCUAACCCGGGUGAGGGGCGGCAGGGCCCCUGCCAGCCCCACCCAGGGCACUCUCUUUGGACUUCCAGAGGGACCCUGAUUUGGACUAGUCCUUCAGAGGCCUGGCGUUACCUCUGGCUUCCAGGAAGGGGUCGACAGCUUCCUGUCCCCUCCUGGGAGAGCAGAACAGCAGGCCUGACCUUGGGAACUUCUUCAGGGCAGGGGCUCAGACAGAAGCUGCCUCUUGCCCCUCCCCAGUCCCCAGCUGGAGCAGCCUUCUGGGCACAGCCAGCGAGGAGCUGUCACCACCAGCACCCGGCGUCUUCCCCCCGGGGGUCUGCAAUAACCACCAGUGGCCCUUGGCUGCGCUGGCAGGCCUCCAUUCUUGAGGCCCAGCCUCCCGGUCAGGGUCCUCUGCGAGGCCCCAGGCAGGUCAGACUUGGUAAGGCGGGCUCUUCUCCUCGCCCUGCUCCGCCCCAGCCCUCUGCGGGGCACCCUGUCAGACAGCCCACCUGGGCCUGGGUCCACACUCUCUAAAAAUAACACACGGGCCGAGGAAUCUGGGCAAGUGUCAGCCAAAGGUGAGGCAGUGGCAGUGGGCUUGGAAGGGCAAAACAUUCACCAGGAUUUUCUUCCCAGGACAUGAAAACCAUCUUUCCCAACGGAGGGUAUUGCCAGGAAGAAAAAAAAAAAAUUCUAUUCAUAUAGACAAGACCUCCCUCCCCCAAUAACCACAUUUCCCACAUAUCCAGGAGCUAAUCCUGAGCUAAAAGGUGCAUGUUUCCAUACCUGUCAGCAAUCCCAACCCAGUCACCUGUGAGAAGCAGGUGUUUUUUUUUCUCAAGAAAUGGCCUUUUUAAAAUUUAUUUAUUAUUAAAUGUAUUUUUAUUGAUUUCAGAGAGGAAAUGAGAAACAUCAAUGAUGAGAGAGAAUCAUUGAUUGGCUGCCUC